AAAUUAUAACCGGAAGUAGGUUUUGUCAGCUCGCCGGAUCGAUCGAAAACGCCUGCAACAGGGCUCAUUACUCAGAUAGACAAGGGUUUUUGUGCCCAUGGAAGAGUAACAUUCACACUAUUUGACAGGAGUAUGUCAAUAUGAUUGGUGGGUUGUUUAUCUACAACCACAAGGGAGAGGUCCUCAUUUCCCGCGUGUAUAGGGAUGACAUUGGACGCAAUGCAGUUGAUGCAUUCCGAGUCAAUGUCAUUCAUGCGAGACAACAGGUGAGGUCACCUGUGACUAACAUCGCACGAACCAGCUUCUUCCACAUCAAGAGAUCUAACAUCUGGUUGGCAGCAGUCACCAAACAAAAUGUCAACGCUGCCAUGGUCUUCGAGUUUCUUCUUAAAAUGGUGGAGGUCAUGCAAUCCUACUUUGGAAAAAUUUCUGAAGAAAACAUCAAGAACAACUUUGUGUUAAUCUACGAAAUUUUAGAUGAAAUUUUGGACUUUGGAUAUCCACAAAAUACAGACACUGGUAUCUUGAAGACAUUCAUUACACAGCAGGGAGUCAAGUCACAAAGUAAGGAAGAAACCAGCCAGAUAACAUCACAGGUGACUGGGCAGAUUGGUUGGAGACGUGAGGGUAUCAAGUACCGUCGUAAUGAACUUUUCCUAGAUGUACUGGAAUCGGUCAACCUCCUCAUGUCACCUCAAGGUCAAGUGUUGAGUGCCCAUGUGGCUGGGAGGAUUGUGAUGAAGAGCUAUCUUAGUGGAAUGCCUGAGUGUAAAUUUGGUAUCAAUGACAAAGUUCUAAUGGAAAGUAAGGGGAAAAGCAGCAUAGAUGAGCCCACACCACGCACUGUUGGUGGUACGACAUCUACAGGGAAGAGUUCUAUUGCCAUAGAUGACUGUCAAUUCCACCAGUGUGUAAAGUUGAGCAAGUUUGAGACCGAACACAGCAUCAGCUUCAUUCCACCAGAUGGAGAAUUUGAACUGAUGAGGUACCGGACAACCAAGGAUAUCAGCCUUCCCUUCCGCGUCAUUCCAUUAGUCAGAGAGGUUGGACGACAAAAGAUGGAGGUCAAAGUUGUCGUCAAAUCUAACUUCAAACCCUCACUCCUUGCCCAGAAGAUUGAGGUACGCAUUCCAACUCCCCUUAACACCAGUGGUGUCCAGGUGAUCUGUAUGAAGGGCCGGGCUAAAUACAAGGCAAGCGAGAAUGCCAUCGUGUGGAAAAUCAAGAGGAUGGGUGGUAUGAAAGAGUGCCAGCUUAGUGCAGAGAUUGAAUUACUAACCACUAGUGACAAAAAGAAAUGGACCAGGCCGCCAAUCUCGAUGAACUUUGAGGUACCUUUUGCACCAUCUGGAUUCAAGGUGAGGUAUCUGAAGGUGUUUGAACCCAAACUAAACUACAGUGAUCACGAUGUCAUCAAGUGGGUGAGGUACAUUGGCAGAAGUGGACUGUAUGAAACAAGAUGCUGAUCAUAACCAACAUUUAGGAAGGAAUAAAACAUCUCAAGAGGAUGAGGAGUCACCAUUAAAAUUUUGUCAUUCAGAAAAUGUAAACAUUACACCAUUGUAAUUUCUGCAUGUGAACUUGACAAAGUUUCUCCCAUUGUACCCUCAGAUUAGUGAAAGCAGAUUCAAUUGUGUUUUAAUGGUUAGUUGAUUUUGUAUAAAAUAGCAAACAGAAGUCAUCUUGUGCAAUCUAUAUGUAAACUGAAAGUAGAACAAAUGAGAUUUUUGUGCAAGAUUGUGUUGGUAUUGUAUAUCACUUACAUAGUGUAAAUAGAAUGAAAUAUCAGAGAUAGGAUAGUCACCAGCUUAAUGUAUUUCAAUGUUGUGUAUGAUAGGACAGUUGUUAGAAUACUCUGAAAAACGUUGUAGCUUAAUAUAUAGGGGAAGUGUAUCACAGUUUAUGUAUCAAAAUAACCAAGAGACGGACAUGAAAGCGAAGGCAUAUACAGAUACAUGAUUUAGAUGAAGGGUAUCGCUAAAACUAUGGAAGUAUGAUUGAUAAUUAUAUCAAAAAAGUUAUUAAAUCAUUCUAGUCUCGUAAUUGUUUUUAUUAAUAUUAUAAUGAAUGUAUCGGGUACCAUCAUCCAUUAUGUAUAUCCCUGUUCACACCAUUUAGCUUGCAAACAACAUUUCCCCCUUCCCAUUACAAAAGGAAUGGAAGUUAGUAAAUACAUGUAGUCUGUUGAAGAGAAGGAUUUUGUAUGUGCUAUAUCUGCAAAGUGCUACUUUAUACAAACUUUUAGAAGUCCAAUUUGUUCAAGAAUAAAAUGAUUCAAAUCAUGUUGCAUGUACGUGGUUAUACUGUAUUGGAAAAGGCAUUUGGCUAAAUAUGAUCUCUGUGUUGAUAGAAGUCCAUUGUCACCUGGUUGUAAUUCAAUGUCCAUUUACAGCAGGUUCUAUCCCAUUUUCACUUGGUCCAAAACUUGAUUGUAAUUCUGUUCAUUUUCACAUUUCAUAUUUAUAACAGUAAUGCCAUGAAGAGGUAUGUAACCUUGGAAUAUAUUAUCAGAUACAGAAUUUAACAGGGAUUCCAUUGAAAGAUUUCAUUACUUAUAAGGGAUUUAAAGUGUAUGAAUGCAAUCUGUCAAUUGAAACAUGCAGUAUAGUUAAGCUAUGAACUGUGAUUUGAUGAUCAGACAUCACCGAGUACUGUCACUAAGCAGUGAAGUUUUUAACACUAGAUGUAUUGGUUGUGUAAUAUUUAUGCAUACAGUGUAGAGAAAUGGAAUUGAAAAGAAAAUAAUAUAUCAAAACAUGAUGAUUUUUGUUGGGCGUUACCAUUCAAACUUAUCCUGGUAUGAUUGAAGGAAUAAAAAAAGAGAAUUUAUUAAACAGUGUAAUUGCUGGUCAUUGAUGGUUUAAAUCAUUCUCUCAAAACCAUUUAUAAUUUUGGUAUUUUAUAGAAGGAAAGGGAUUUAGUAUAAAGUGGUAGUGUAGAAACAUUUAAAAUUGGUUUCCCUGUCAUUUGAAGUAUCAUUGUAAUGGUAUAUAUAUAUAUAUAUAUGAAUGUCAUGUGACGUCAUAGUUAUCCUUGGCAAGGUCUGUACAUUUAUACAUGAAUAAUCUCCUAUAAUGUCUGAAUAAAUAUGUUCCAUGUCCCCAUCC